UGGGCUCGCCUGCUGGCUCUGCAGGGCUGCUCCUCCGUGGGCACUGCCGAGCAUCUGCUAUGUCCCCAUCACCGCGUUAAGGUGGAAGUGGGGAGACAUGGAGCCUCCCUUCAGAGGAUCCACCACACAGGGGUUGGGGAGACUUGCCACCGUCCAGUGUCUGAACCUCCUUUCCCUUCUCAGCUUCUGUGACCAUCAUUAAUUCUCUGCCUCUGUGUUCUGAGUCCACUCAACACCCAGCUGCAACCCACUGUCCUCAUCUGCCCACUUCCCCAUCCACUGCCAAGUUCUGAUGGAGCAGAUGAGACUCAGUGUGUCUCUUCUGGAAUCUCAAAGCUUUGCAUAUUCUUAUUCUCACAUCACCACGGAGAGGGGAGCAGAGGGAAUCCACUCAGCUUUAUCAAAGGAGAAAUUGAGGUCCAGGGAGAGGCUGUGUGGCCAUUCCAGUUUUCUGACCCACUGUUCCCCAACCCCACCCCCACCCCAGUCCUGGACCCCAGAAGCCACAUUUCCUCAUCAUCAUUGUGGGUACCUCCCCACCGGCCUUGGGCUUAUUCCCCUUGACCACAGUCUCCUUGCUUGAGGAGCUGCUGGCGAAACUGAAUCUUAAGGAAGGGGAGAAGGGAAUGGGAGAGGCAGCCCGCAGGUAGAGAGUGUGAUGAUGGGGAAGUGAUGUGGCCAGUUCUGACUUCCCUUUCCCAGACUGAAGCUGACAAGGGGGAAAUUGUGGCGUCACAACUGUCUUCUCUGGCAGAGCCCUCAGGUUCAGUGGCUGCCUUAGCCACAGCCUUGGCCUCAGCCUUGCCUCACUCCACCCCAUGCCCCCACCCCCAGCUCCUGCUCCCCUGGCUCAGGCGGGCAGGCCCUGCUGGGCAAAGCUGGGCUGAUUACGGACAACUGCAAAUAGCUUCUACUUCUCCUCCCCUAUGGUGAGUGUCCCCUUGCCUGCCUGCAUGUCCACCUGGGGUGCCCCCUUAUCUCCAUCUUUUAUCUGUGGGCUACUCCUGAGAAUCAGAGCAUUAGAGAAGAAAGGGUUUAAGUUGGCCCAGCCCAAUGGCCUCCUUUUCCAUGUGGGGCUUAGCGGGUGAAGUGACUUGCCCAAGGCCACUCGGCUCAUUCUUGCAGAAGCAGCCGGGACCCAGGUCUCCUAGGACCCAGCCUGCCUCCUUGUGAUGUGGCGUCUGAGUAGCAGGACUGGGGUUAGAAUCCAUGUCACCCGGACUUGGAGUCCAAGGCCCUUCUGAGCACUCUGUGCUGCUGUGGGUGAAGUGUGUGUGUGUGUGUGUGUGCGCGUGUGUGCGCGAGCGUGCGCAUGUGUGCGUGUGUGCGUGUGUGAGAGAGAGAGGGAGAGUGAGACGUGUUGGGGAAGGGGAGUCUUCUGGAUCCUCUUCUCUGCCCCUCUCCUGUUUCUCCACCUCUUUUCUCAUCACCGUUAUUUUUUCUUCCCCUGGAGGGAUUAUGGUCUUAUUCUCACUUCUUCCAUGAGACUAGUUAGCUUUUCAUAUUCCUAGAUUCACCCACCUUUUAUUUUUUUAAUAUUUUUUAAACUGCAAAUUUUAUUGAGAUAUAUAUCAUAUAAUCCAUCCAAACCUUUUUAUUUUUUAAACAGAAUUUACUGGACAAAUUAAUGCCAAAUUCCUUGAAACUCUUAAACUUAUUGGGUAAAUAAGCAUUUCUUCUAAACAAGGAAAGCUAUGCUCCAUUUGUGCCAGGCUAUGGGUAAAGGCUUUGGUGGUUUGCAUAGACUAUUAAAAAUACUUCAUAACAUUAAAAAAUAGGUAGAUUGUAGUUAUUAAUUAUUAAUACAAAGCAUUAAUAUUGCUACCACUCACUGAGUGCUUAUAAUCACAAACACUUGCUAAACAUUCUAAGUGCAUUUCAUUAUCAGACCCAUUUUUUAGAUCUUAGAUGAAGAGCCUGAGACUAUCCUCUCUUCCUCAUGUUGGAAACCAGGCACUUGACCCCGGCACUUUAUUCUAAUAACUCUGCUUCUUCAAGAGCCCUGCCUUGGGCCCCUCAGGCCUUACUUGGGGCCUCCCGUGUGUUGUGGAGUUGAGCCCCUACCCGAGGGCCCAGCUUCAACUCUCCAGUUCUCCAAAAGCAGCAGGUUGGGGGUGGAGUGAAGACCCCUCCCCCAGCAGGGGGUACACCCAAGCACCCUUCUCAUCUACAGAGAUUCUGCAGCGGGGAGGCUAGAAGAGCCAGGGAAGGUGCUUUUGGGUGGGCUCAGCUGGUGGGUGAAAGGGAGAAGGGACCUGGAGCUGUGAUUCCAAGCCGCAGAAUUCUAGGACCUCAAUUCUCUCUGCUCUCCUGACACGUCUGGUAGCCCGGGUAGCCGGAGGACCUUGCACUGGGUAUACGGAACAUCGUUGUGUGGGCGAAUAUUGUACCGCUGUUGUGGAAUUCACUUGGGAGAUAUCCCACAUAAAUGGGGAGGGGGCAUAAAAUACCCAAAGAAUCGGGUGUGGGGUCUUACUCCAAGGGACAGAGAGAAAAGGAACAGUGUGUCUACCAUAGCCAAAAGAGCCCUGGGACUAGAAGUUGGGGGUCUAGGGUUAGGGAAUAUGCUGUGUGUCUCCAGGCCUCAGUUAUCUCAUCUAUAAAAUGGGGUUCCAGCAGAUUAUCUCUAAGCUCAGUUUUGAUUGAUCUAUCAGUAUACGGGAAAGGGCACUGGGGAUGCAUUAGUAAUACCUGGUUGUGAUAUCUGUACUCUCCAUAGCAUUUUCAUGGACAUGGUCUUACGAAUCCUCACAACACCCCUCUCCCCUGGUAGGUGGGCUAGACAGUGUUAACCCCAUUCAGCAGAUGGGGAACAGGGCUCAGUGGGGUCUUUCCUGGGUCACACAAUGGGUUGGUUGCAGAGCCAGGACCAGCAGCUGGGGGACCUGACCUGGCAGAGGCUGGAUGACCGUCAGAGUGGGGGUCUCAGGGCCCCAGAAAGGGCAUAAAAUUGGGGCUAGGAUUUACUCUGAGGUUUGGGUUGGAGGAGUUAAUUCCCCAGAAAGUGGGAGAUGAGGGUGUCACUAGGGAUCUCUAAGUGAAAGGGGAGUGUUACUAAAAAACACUGAGUACUUAACAAGUGUCAGACACUUUUUCUGUCCUGUAUCAGUAAAUCCUGACAGCAACCCUGUGGGAUAGAUUAUCUCCAUUUUGCAAACUGGGAAACAGGCUCAGAGAGGUUAGGUUACCUGCCCAAGACCACCCAGCGAAAAAGUGGAGAAUUCUGUAUUGGAACCCAGUGACUCUGACUUCAAAGACCCCAGGUCUUUCUGACCCAUGUGGGGGUGGGAGUGGGAAGGGAGCAGAGCUUGUUGCACUUCGGUGUCCCCUGGGAGUAGUCAGAUUGGUGGGCUGGGGGCACCAGGCAGCUGGAUCCGGGACUCCGGGUGUCUGGCUGGGCUAACACCCGCCUCCGCCAGCCUCCCUUCCCCUCCCACCUCCUCGCCUCUCCCCCGGCUUCAACUUUCUCGGAGUUCUCCGGACUCAGGCUCCAGUUCUGGCCUUCGUCGUCCAAGGCCCCUGGGCCCGGGCCCCGAUCUCCACCCUGGAACCCCAACCUUCAACCGCCCCCACCCAAGACCCCAGCUCCACCUGGGACGGCGCGGAUCUCGAAGACCCGGGGACACUGCUGCCGCCGCUGCCGCUGCCACUGUCCUGAGCCCUGAUGGGGGAGUGAGAGGCCACAGCUGGCCGGACAUGGGCCUCCCCACCGUGCCUGGCCUGCAGCCACUGGUGCUCCUGGCCCUGUUGGUGGGAAUAGCCCCCUCAGGGGUUAUCGGACUGGUCCCUCCCCUCCGGGACCGAGAGAAGAGAGACAGUCUGUGUCCCCAGGGAAAAUACGUCCACCCUCAAAAUAAUUCUAUCUGCUGCACCAAGUGCCACAAAGGGACCUACCUGUACAAUCACUGCCCAAGCCCAGGCCUGGACACGGACUGCAGGGAGUGUGAAAACGGCACCUAUAUGGCUUUUGAGAACCACUUCACGCAGUGCCACAGCUGCUCCAUAUGCCGAAAAGAAAUGGACCAGGUGGAGAUUUCUUCUUGUGCAGUGGACAGGAACACGGAAUGUGGCUGUAGGAAGAACCAGUACCGGAAAUACUGGGGUGACACCCUCUUCCGGUGCUUGAACUGCAGCCUCUGCCUCAAUGGCACUGUGCAUCUCCCCUGCCAGGAGAGACAGAACACCGUGUGUACCUGCCAUGCAGGGUUCUUUCUAAGGGAAAACGAAUGUGUCUCCUGUAGUGACUGUAAAAAUAACCCGGAGUGCACGAAGUUGUGCCUAGCCCCGACCGAAAGUCUUCAGGGCUCUCAGGACCCAGGCACCACAGUGCUAUUGCCCCUGGUGAUCUUCUUUGGUCUUUGCCUCAUAUCCUUCCUCUUCAUCCUUCUGAUGUGCCGCUACCAACGGUGGAAACCCAAGCUCUACUCCAUCGUUUGUGGGAAAUCGACACCAGAAAAAGAGGUGGAAAUGGAAGGAGUUAAGCCCCUGGCUUCAGCCCAGGCCUUCAGCCCCACUCCUGGCUUCAGCUCCACCCAGGACUUCAGCCCCACUCCUGGCUCCCCGUCCAAUCCCAUCUCCACCUUCCCCCCCAACCCCACCUUCCCCAGUUACUGGCCUAACUUCCGGGAUGCAUCACCCCCUAAAGAGACGGCUUCACCCUUUCUGGGGGCUGAUCCCAUUUUCAUUGCAGCUCCUCCCUCUUCCACCCCUAACCUUGCCCCUCCUCAGAAGUGGGAGGAUAACGCCCACACGCUGCGCCCAGAUGCCGACCCGGCCACGCUGUACGCGGUGGUGGACGGCGUGCCACCGACGCGCUGGAAGGAGUUCGUGCGGCGGCUGGGGCUGAGCGAGCACGAGAUCGAGCGGCUGGAGCUGCAAAAUGUGCGCUGCCUGCGUGAGGCGCACUACAGCAUGCUGGCGGCCUGGCGGCAGCGCACGCCACGGCGCGAGGCCACGCUGGAGCUGCUGGGGCACGUGCUCUGCGACAUGGACCUGCGCGGCUGUCUGGAGGACAUCGAGGAUGCGCUCCGUGGCUCCGUCCCCCUAUCGCUCGCGCCCCGCCUACCCCGAUGAGGCCACGCCCACCGCCAUCCGCUGCAGGAGAGGCCUGCACUGAAGAUGCUGCUUCCUGUCCCAGCGCAACCUGAAAGGACGAUCCUGCGAGAAGCCCUCUGGACCUUCUUUUUAUUUUUUUAUUUUUUUCUGGAGAGGAAGGGCCUUGGAGGGGCAGGCAAAAGCUGGCAGACACUUACUUGGUGCUACCCCCUCAGUGUGCAUAGCUUUUCUCAGCUGCUUAAGCACCACCGAGAACUUGCGCGAGGGUUGGGGGGUGGGUGGGCACUGAUCAGUUGUGCAAAGUGCGGAUUGUGUGAGCUCCUGAGAGAACGUGUGCCGGGAGUCCACGUGGGUGGUUGCGGGGAUAAGAGGUGCCGUGCCUUAUGCCCGUUUUGGGAUUCUGGUUGGUCCCUGAGUCCUUUUCACAGUAGCUAAGCACUCUUUGUAUCAGUUAUGUCACACUAAUGGAAACUUGGCACCCUUUGCCCCUGCCUGGACAAGCACAGUGUCAUCUGAACUGUCUGAAGGCAGGAGAAACAGAACAAUGGGGCCUCCGGAGGGAGCUAUGGACUUUUUGUAAAUACACUAAAACCGAAAUUAUAGUUCCCCUCCUGGAGGGAGUGGUCCUGUC